CCCCAAAUUCUUUUAUGCAGAUGCAGAUAUUGAGUCAAAAGGGAUAAUUAUGGAUGGUUUUAAUGAGUGCCUUGAGAAAUUAGUUCCUGAUCCAAAUAUCCAGGAUAAGAUAUCAAUUGAAGAGUUAAUUUCGUACAAGUGUUCUUUGAUGUCAUUUGGGAAAGAUAUGGCAUUAAGGCAGAGAAACAAAGAUGAACCAGCCCAAUGGUGGAGACAACAUGGGAGUAACGCUCCAAACCUCCAGAAGAUGGCUAUGCGGAUCUUGAGUUUGACAACUACCUCUUCUGGUUAUGAGCGCAAUUGGAGUUCGUUUGAGAUGGUGCAUACAAAGAGAAGAAAUAGGCUUGAGCAAAGGAAGCUCAAUGACUUGAGGAGAAGAAAAACCAGCCAAAAAAGGGUCCUGUCUCUUCGAAAGACAUGGAGAAUGCUUCAAAUUGGUUAGUUAGUGACCCUGGUACUGAGGAGGUCUUCCCUGGGGAAGGUUUGGCAUGGGAAAUGGUCGAUGAGGCUUUAGGGCAAGCUUUUGAUCCUAGUAGUGCCACUUGAGCAACUUCUUUUGCUGGUACUUCACGGAGGGAGAUAGAGGAAGAGGAGGCAGAUUCAGAAGGAUCUCUGGAAGAAGAGGAAUAUGUUGAAGAGGGUGAUGAUUCUGAUGAUGACAACCUCGAUUCUGAUGCAGAUGAAAGCAAUGAAGAUGAUGAUUCUGAUUCUUAUUGAUGUCUUGAUUGUCUUAUCUCUUCUUUUGAAGUAACUUUAAUACUUUAUUGUACCAUCUUGGUUUGGGCUUUAAACAUUUGGAGUUUGAACGAUUUUUAUUUAGUUAUGUGGUUUGUAAUUUUUUUGUCUUUUUGGACUAUGUCGUUGUGUGGUUUACUGGUUUUUCUAUAGUUGUGGAAGUUAGUUUGUUGAUGACUUGGAGAGUUGGAGACUUGGAAUCUUGGAUGUUAUUGUGGUUUAUUUUAUGGAUAUGUAAUAUGGCAAUAUGGACAAUUUAUGAA